GCGCACACACACUAUACUUCUCUCUCUCUAACUCACUCAGUCACACUGACUGGAGGAAGGCUGCGCCUUUAGUCCAGACACACUCUCACUCACGGGCGCGCACACACAAGACGCAAGGAGCAUAUGUGGAAACGGGGAACGGUUCAGUCCACAAAGAGGCUGCUGCGGUUCGCCUGUGUGCGCCAUUCUUCUUCAAAAACAAGUUUAAUUUACUCUUAUUUAUUUAUUUAUGUAACAGCUGGCGUGUUUUUGUUUUUGGAGCAGUGACAAGCGGAGGAUUUAACAUGCCAGACUUCUAAGGAGACAUCACUUCAUUCUCCCCUUGAUUCUUCCCCCUCUGUGGAAAUAAUCGCCACAUUGUGCGCACAGAAAAAUGGGGGCCAAAAUGAUCCAAACCAAAGGAAACCCACUCUCCAAGGCGACGCUUGCGCUGCUGAUUCUGGUCGCGCUCCUGCAGGGCGCGACUGGUAAGACUCUGAAAUACAAAGUUUACGAGGAGCAAAAAGUGGGGACAGUCAUAGCGCGGCUGAAAGAGGACGUUGCCGGGAUUUUAUCCAAACUACCAAGUUCCCUGACGUUUCGGUUCCGCGCCAUGCAGCGGGGGAGUACGCCGUUCCUGUCUGUUCGGGAGGAGGACGGGGAGAUCAGCAUUGGCACCAAAAUCGAUCGCGAGAAGCUUUGUGAGAAAAACUUGAACUGCUCGAUUGAGUUCGACGUGGUCACGUUGCCCAGGGAGUACUGGCAGCUGUUCCAUGUGGAGGUGGAGGUGCUGGACAUAAACGACAACUCCCCGCACUUCUCCCGCGCCAUAGUCCCCAUUGAGAUUUCUGAGAGCGCAUCGGUUGGGACGCGCAUCCCGCUGGACGGCGCCAUGGACGCGGACGUUGGGGAGAACUCCCUGCACACUUACUCCCUGACACCCAAUAACUUCUUUAAAAUCGACGUGAGGACCAGAACGGACGGGGCUAAGUACGCAGAGCUGGUGGUGAUGAGGGAACUGGACCGUGAGGUGCAGUCCAGCUACCAGUUGCAGCUUACAGCCUCGGAUAAUGGCGUGCCUCCCAAGUCAGGAUCCACUUUACUCAAAAUAAGUAUCUCAGAUUCCAACGACAAUAGCCCAGCCUUUGAUGAGCAGGCUUAUAGCAUCAGUUUGCUGGAAAACUCCCCCCUUGGGACUCUGAUCAUUGAUUUAAAUGCCACAGACCCAGAUGAAGGAACUAAUGGAAAAAUAGUUUACUCUUUCAGCAGCCACGUCUCCCCAAAGAUCUUAGAAAUGUUUAAGAUAAACCCAGAAAAUGGCCACAUUACACUCAUUCAGAAAGUGGACUAUGAAACCACAGCCUCUUACGAGCUGGAUGUUCAGGCUCAGGACUUGGGCCCUAAUUCCAUUCCUGGACUUUGCAAAAUUGUGGUUAAAGUGGUGGAUGUGAAUGACAACAAACCAGAGAUAAACAUCAAUCUGAUGACGCCUGGCAAAGAGGAAGUGGCCUACAUUUCCGAGGGGGCCCCAGUAGACACGUUCAUAGCUCUGGUGCGUGUUGAUGACAUCGAUGCAGGCCUCAAUGGUGAAGUGGUGUGCAGGCUGCAUGGUCAUGGCCACUUCAGGCUUCAGAAGACCCACGAGAAGAACUACAUGAUUCUCACCAAUGUGUCUCUGGACAGGGAGAAGAGGUCAGAGUACAGUCUGACAGUCAUAGCUGAAGACCGGGGUUCCCCAAGCCUCUCCACCAUCAAACAUUUCACCGUCCAGGUGUUAGAUGAAAACGAUAAUCCUCCACGUUUUGAGAAAAGCCGCUAUGAAGUCUUUAAAUCUGAGAACAACUCUCCUGGAGCCUACUUGAUGACUGUGGUGGCCUCAGAUCCAGAUCUUGGUACCAAUGGCCAGGUCACUUACACCAUCAUAGAAGCUUCAGUCCAAGGGAGCCCCAUUUCUACCUACGUCACCAUCGACCCCUCUAAUGGCGCCAUCUACGCUCUUCGCAGCUUUGACCACGAGGACGUCAGCCGGAUAGCCUUCACUGUUCAGGCACGUGAUGGGGGGAACCCCUCACUGUCCACCAACACCACAGUCCUGCUUACUGUUCUGGAUGAAAACGACAACCCACCCGUGAUCCACUCCCCCUCUCUCCGAAAUCACACAGCUGAGCUUCCUGUAUGGAAGUAUGCAUCGCCCGGUCAGCUGAUCACGGCACUCAAAGUCACGGAUCGCGACUCUGGAGCCAACGGAGAGAUGAGCUGCGCCAUUGUUGGCGGUAAUGAAGAUGGGCUGUUUAUAAUGGACGCACGGCGGUGUGAGCUCAGAACCAAUGCCAGCCUGGAGCAGGCUCCUAGGGAUGUGAUGGAGAUUCGGGUGGAGGUGCAGGACAGAGGCACCAGCCGGCUGACCACAGCAGCGCUCCUCAGGCUGUCCCUACAGGAAACCAUGGACAUCCUUCCCCCUCUGUAUCCCACCGGCUCCAGCCAGGCCUCACUCGAUCUCUCCCUCAUCGUCAUCAUCUCUCUGGGUGCCGUUUGCGCCCUUCUACUCAUCGUCAUGGUGAUGUUCGCAACGGCCCGUUGUAACCGCGAAAAGAAAGACCCCAGACACAACUAUAACUGCCGUGUAGCGGAGAACAGUUACCAGAACCACCCCAAGAAGCCCGCCAGGCAGAUCCACAAGGCAGAUAUCACCUUGGUCCCAACUGUCAAUGGGACCUUACCUGUCCGGGCACACCCACGCUCCCCUUUACCUUCCCCCACACCUGAGAGAGGCACCUUGGGGAGCAGGCAGAGCCACCACAGCAGGCAGUCACUCAACAGCCUGGUCACCAUCUCCUCCAACCAUGUCCCAGAGAACUUUGCUCUGGAGCUGGCCCAUGCAACACCUCCUGUAGAGCAAGUCUCACAGCUUCUGUCCAUGCUCCAUCAGGGCCAGUACCAGCCACGACCAAGCUUCAGAGGCAACAAAUACACCAGGAGCUACAGAUAUGCCCUGAAUGAGAUGGAUAAAUUCAGUUUAAAGGACAGCGGUCGUGGAGACAGUGAAGCCGGAGACAGCGACUAUGAACCUGGCAGGGAGUCGCCAAUGGAGAGGCUCCUUGGUGAGGGCUUUACUGAGCUAUAUGCCCAUGAUGGCCACCACAGACCGCAUGCAGCUAUGAGGCUCUGCACUGAGGAGUGUCGCGUCUUGGGCCACUCGGAUCAGUGCUGGAUGCCCCCCCUGGCCUCCCCCGCCUCAUCCUCCUCCGACUAUCGCAGCAACCUCUACAUUCCAGGGGAGGAAGCCCGCCAGGCCACCGACAUUGCUCAGGAAAAAGUCCCCCAGCCCUGCACUGAUACCUGCCCCUCCCGGAACCAGAGCUUUUCUACCUUCGGCAAGGACCUGGGUGGGGAGGAUGGCGGAGAGGAGGAGGGAGGAGAAGGUGGCUCUGACGAGGCCAGAGAUGAAGACCUGUGUGGGACCACGUCGCUGCUGUCGGAGAUGAGCAGCGUGUUCCAGAGGUUGCUGCCACAGGGUCUGGACUCGUACGUCCAGGUCAACGAGAACCAGAAGGGGACUAGCCUAAGUGGAGUGGGCGUGCCAAUGACCGGUUCUUUAGAUCGCAGGAGGGGUCAUCUACCUGGUAAGCCCAGUCCCUCUGUUCACCAGCAGGGCGUGGCGGCCUGGGCUGCCAACACUCACUUCCAGAAUCCAGGAAGCAGCAUUGGUCCAUCCGGCCAGCACCAGGGGGGUAGCUACCACACCCUCAAGCCAAACACCAAGCUCAGCUCCCAGAGCAGCAACCACAAGGGCUCGCAAGCCCCCAAAAACAGCCCCCAGAACAGCGGCCACAGCCCCAAACCCCACAGCAGCCCCCUGCUAACAGCGCUGGUCAGCCCAACACUGGUGCAGCCCUCCAUGGCCCCGACCCCGCUGCCUGUCCCGCUCAACGGGCCCUCCUCCAAGUGGCUGCCGGCUAUGGAGGAGAUUCCAGAGAACUACGAGGAGGAUGACUUUGACUCAGUUCUGGGUCACCUUCAGGGCAAACGCAGCGACAGCCGACACGAGCUGGUGGACGCCAGCGAGCUGGUGGCCGAGAUCAACAAACUCUUACAGGACGUCCGGCAGAGUUAGCCGCCUCCUUUAUUUAUUAACACACUCACAGCCUCCUUUCCUCCGGGAUGAAAGUGAGUCGGUGGGUGUCAAAAGACAGAAAGACAGGAACUCGAAUAAGAAACAAAGACAAAUAAAUUUAAGACUUGCACUUGUCGUUAAAUUUGCAUUUCUAAUGAAAUAAAUGUGUUUUGUGAAUGCUAAAUAUCCAAAAAUGUUUGUUAAUUGCUAGUUUGGUACACAAUGUACACUGUGUGACUGUAUUUAUCUUUGUAUUUUAAAAAUACAUUUGUAUACUUAUAUUUAUAAAAAAGUGUAUAUAAAUUUAAUCAAAAGUUUAUUUUUAUAUUUUAUUGCAUGUUGAGUACAAAAUGCUGAAUCAAGACUUUGACAUGCGAUUGAAGUUCUGCAUAUUUAAACUGUCUUUUGUAUCGUGAUUCUUUUUUUAUUGUCUCUGUUACCUGUAAACACGAAUAUAUAAUGAAUUAAUGGACACUUGUGUUUGUGAUUAAUUGUGGGGAAACAGAUGGGAGAAAAAUAAAAAUAAUA